AUGACCUCCACCGAUAUCAAGCCUUGUGCCGUAAAUAUUCCUGUUUCCGCUCACAUCACCUUCCACUACAAGUCGACCGCGGACAGAGGCAGCAGCAGCAGCAGCUGCUGCUGCUCCUCUGCUGCUUCUAACGACUGUUCCCCCAGAGGUAGUUCUGUCGGUUUGCCGCCCGCUCUCUCGACAGACAACGAAAUCAUCGAGACGGUGCUUAACGUUUCCGCACCCGUUGCAGCAGACCCUACACCGUUCUUCCCUUACAAGAGCAAUUACACAGCUGUCUCGUGUUUGACUUCUGAUCCAGCCUCACCGUCUCCACUGCACUCUUCUAGGCGUAACUCUGUGUUGGCGACAAACGACUUCCACCAGUGCGCACAUCACAAAAACUUCCAAAGACGAGCCAGUGAACCACAACUGCCCUCGUUCGAUAAUCGCUCGUCGUCCGAGAUGAAAAGGUCCAUCUCGUAUGCCCAGCACAGCAUGAUGUUUCCAAUCAGUGAUCAAGCGGAGCCGCAAACAUCCGUGUCUCCAAACAGUGACUCAGAUCCGUCUUGUCCUUGCAACAGACACCAUCAUAGAAGAAACUCUGUGGCCGUCAAAUUUGACAAGCCAUUAUAUAAAAGACUAGAGCCAUAA